AAGUAACAAAAAGAAAAAGCUUAUUCUCAGCAGCACAGCCGCCGCCGCCGCUUCCGUCCACGGCGCCGCUACGCCUCCUCCUAUUCCCGUCCCGCCAUCCCUCCUCCACACCACGGCGAAGACCGUCCCCUCCACCUUCCCUUCCCUCCAAGGCGUCGCCCGUCCACCCUCUCCACGCUACGGCGUCGCCGUCGUCCUCUCCCCGACAAUCGCUGGCGCCGCUACGUCGGCACCGAGCCCGCGUGCGAGCCAUUCUGGCAUUCCGGGCAGCCGGAUCUGGCCGGGAGGUGCAGAAGGGCUCGCCACUCUCCGUACGUUCUGGCCACGAAGCUGGUCCGUCCGGAUGUGGGUGGGACGACCUCAGGCACAGCGGUGUGGCGCGGCGAGGAGGAGGGACGGCGCCCUCGUCGUCGGGCCCGCACUUCUACCCCAGCUGAUCUGCACCGAGCAUAGUCGCGCUGCGGCGCCGUCGAUCUCCAUGACGAGGUAAGGCGAGGCCGAUUCCUGGUGCCAAGGAGUGCACACAGUCGCGCCGAGGGCGACCACCACGGCGACGCGACCUGCUUCUCACCGUAGAGCUGCCACCUUCUCCGAGUACGGAAGGCACGUGAUGAUUUACGCCACUGAUUCUCAGGUUUGCCCUGCCCGCCUGGUUAUGUAUAUAUGUGCAAACACAAAUAUCCUUUUUAUGGAAGUAGAUGCUCUGUUCAAAUACUUGAUAUCUUUAGCACAUGCCAGUUGGUUUAGAGGUUCAAAUGCAAUUAGUAUUUCCAAUCCUUAUUUGUUGUGCCAUUAAUGUUUUCUUAAUUUUGGACACGCAGCUGGAUUUUGGUAUGACUCGGAAUCAGUAUUUACAACUCCAAGGACAGAAUAUAUAGUGCAGAUGCAGAAAGUGGCGAGGCUUCACCAAAAAACAUUGAAAAAUCUCACACGCCUGACUCAAACGUUUGUUGCAGUUAUCACGCGGAUUAGAGAACCAAAAGCUACCACAUUGAUAUUUGCUUCAGGAAAAAUGGACUUCAAGAUCCAGAAUGUUGUUGCCUCUUGUGAUGUCAAAUUCCCUAUCAGGCUUGAGGGCCUCGCAUAUUCUCAUGGCGCUUUCUCACGUAACAUAAUAAUUGGAGUAAAGAUAGGGGCAAGACCGUAUUCUUUGAAAGUGUAGCCGCCCGUGACAGCUGAAGCUGAGGUAGCUAGAUCUGGACGAACCAUUGCAAUGGAUUCAUCGCACGGGGUGUUCCGCAUAGCCUUCUCCUGCUGUCUGUGUUGAACACUCCUCUAAAACUUUAGCUUACGUGUUAACCUAUCUCGGUGUUCCCGCAUCUGUCCGUUUAUGUGUACGUUCUUCGUAUUGUAAGCUGCUUGUCGCUGUGUGUUUAUAUGAUCCAUUUGGUCUUGGGAUAAGACAUCACCGAAGAUUGUUUCCUUAUUUAUCUUCUUCUGAUAA